AUGUGGGUGAAGCCGCAGGAGGUGCUGCUCGCCAACGCGUUCUGGAUUACUGAGCAGGCAACUGUGUAUUUCGUUCUGCAACGUCGCAAAGGACAUGGAAAAACGAAAGGUCUUACCUCCAUCCUGGUGGGCACGUUAGACAGUGUUUUCGACACUAAACCACCACCCUUUAGAAUUCUUCAUCAGACACCGUCGUCGGAAGUUUAUUGGGAAGUGGCAUGUUCCUUGACCCGCGAGGAGAUUUUGCAGGAUUGGGAAUGGCUCCACUCGAAUUUAAUGACUACGCUCACGUCGUUCGACACCGAGGAGGAGAUAACGGAAUUUGUUUGCUGCAAAAUUCAAUCUAUAAUAGCAAACAACAUUCCAGAUUCCCAGUUUGCAGAGGAAGAGGACCCAGAGUCUUUUAAAACUGUGUCUUUUAAAUUCCACCAAUUGUUCAAUAUACCUAAAGAGGACAAAUUGGUCAAUUAUUAUUCAUGCAGUUACUGGAAAUCACGAUUACCUAGACAAGGAUGGCUCUACUUAUCUGUAAAUCACAUGUGCUUUUAUGCUUACAUACUGGCAAGAGAAACGAAGCUGACUGUAAGAUGGACAGACAUUACGGAAUUGAGCAAAACUAAUUCCCUUAUAGUUCCAGAUAGUAUACGCGUCGUAACACGUGACAAUAAAGAGCAUUAUUUUUCUAUGUUUUUACAUAAAUCAGAAACGUAUUCGUUAAUGGAACAACUGACCAAUAUUGCUAUGAAAAGACUCAUUGAUGAAAAAAGUGGAUUUAAUGAGGAUAGAGACUUACUGAAUAAAUUAAGCAAAAAUGUGCCUAAGAAGCCAUCUUUCUUGAAGAGGGAUCUGGAUGCACGUGCACAUUCGGAAACGUACAGGCUUCAAUUUAGGUUGCCGGGAGCAGAGAAAUUAGAUGGUAGCAUCGAUGCCACUUUAUGGACUCCAUAUAACAAAAGAUAUGUCUGGGGGAAGAUAUAUUUAUCUCAAAAUUAUCUUUGUUUUGAAAGUAGGGUAAGAAGACAGGUCGGUUUAGUUAUACCUCUGAGGGAAGUAACACUCGUUGAAUCGGCGGAAAAUCAGUCCAGCACGGGAGCGGAUAAGUCGAUAUUAAUUACAACGGCGCGUUCGUCCUUUCUAUUCGCUCAGAUACACGAUAGAGAUUUCGUGGUACAGAAAAUUUCCGAGCUCUUAGCAAAGUCUAAACUUAAUUAUACAACUAGAGAAAACGUAUGUUUGCCAAAUUCCUCGAGCAGUAACAUCAGCAAUUGCGAGGAAGCGAAACCUACGGAACAGUGGAAACCACAACCGCCAUUGAUGACACUUUUCAAGGCUCCGCUGACUCCCGAAGCCGCAUUGAAGCAAGAAGCUAAAGAGAAGCAAUGGGAGCUUCAUUUCGCGGAAUAUGGAAGAGGAAUUACAAUGUAUAGGACUACAGAAACUACGAAGCUCAUUAUUCAAGGAAUACCACAAACCCUCAGAGGGGAAAUUUGGCUCACCUUUUCUGGUGCCUUAAAUGAGAAGGCAAUGAAUCCAGAUUUAUACAAAUCAUUGGUCGAACAAUCCCUUGGUAAAUCAUGUCAAGCAAAUGAAGAGAUCGAAAGGGAUUUGCAUAGAUCAUUACCGGAACAUCCAGCUUUCCAAUCGGACACUGGAAUCAACGCGCUGCGAAGGGUGCUAUCUGCCUACGCAUGGCGAAAUCCUCAGAUCGGUUAUUGUCAGGCAAUGAAUAUAGUAGCUUCAGUUCUGCUAAUUUACUGUUCUGAGGAGUCAGCGUUCUGGCAGUUAUGCAAUGUUUGCGAAUCAUUACUGCCGGAUUACUAUGAUCGGAGAGUAGUCGGUGCUCUCGUUGACCAAGGUCUUUUAGAGGAACUGGCAGCCGAGCAUUUGCCAGUUCUACACGCCAAGUUACAGGAGCUUGGCUUAAUUAAAGUUAUCUCAUUAUCUUGGUUUUUAACUAUAUUCUUGAGCGUCAUGCCAACGAGUAGCGCUGUAAAUAUUAUGGAUUGUUUCUUCUAUGAUGGAGCAAAAGUUAUUUUUCAGAUAGCAUUGACUGUGUUGGAAUGGAAUCAAGACAAGUUACUCAACUGUCGCGAUGACGGAGAAGCUAUGCAACUGUUAACAGAUUAUCUUGGUGGUGUUUAUAACGAUGAAGGCCCGAUAUUUCCUAGACCAGUUGAUAGUGCAUCACCUAGUAAGAGUAUAUCUGUCCAAACAUUAAUUUAUGAAGCAUACUCGAGAUAUGGAUCUUUAACAAUUGGUGGGAUAGAAAGAUUGCGCCUGAAGCAUAGACUGAGGGUAGUUCAAAGCCUCGAAGAUGGAAUUGAGAAAAACGUAAUCAGAAGCGUUAUUGUUGAUAAAUACAUGAAAAUGGAAGAGUUGCAGGAAUUGUUAAGUUUAGUGAGAGAAGAGUUAAUGAGCCAACGAAAAUCUGAACCCGACCGCUACGAUCCGACCCAACCGCCGUAUGAAGCGUACAAAGUAGAUUUUGAUUUAUUCAGAAUAUUAUUUGGUGGUUUAUCUCCGUGGGGAAAAUGCACUCAAGCUGAAUCUCUUGCUGCGCGAUUAUUUCGUCUGAUGGACCGUAAUCGUGACGGUUUGCUAAACUUUCGGGAACUAGUGCAGGCUAUAGGGAUGACAGCAACAGCUGAUUUAACGCAGAGAUUAAAGCUAUUGUACACGGUGCAUUUACCGCCACUUCUUAUGCCUACCGACUUUGAAUCGCCAACACAUUCAGCGGAUGGAGCCGAAGUGGCAGCGGAAGCUACGGAUUUUUUCGACAGCAUGGAACAGAGUGUAGCUUCCUUGGAAAUGCCGAUUAGCCUGGCAGAAGAGCCGACCUUAGGCACUUUAUCAAGAUCCACGAGCUUGAAUAGCCAACCAGGUGACCAAUCGUGGGAAGUUCAGAGUAUGGGUAGCUUGCGUUCGAUGAUAGCGUCAAAAGACAGUCCAUUGGAUCUUAAAACCGUGCCAAAAAUGUCUCAAGGACACUUUAUAGCAUUAUGGAAAACUCUUUACGACAUGUUUCCUGCUCAACCCGAAGAACAAGAAACGUAUCAUUGCAUCGCUUCCAUAGGUACCCUUCUGCUCCAAUUAGGGGACGUUGGCAAGAAAUUCUAUGUAGAGAGAGAAGAAUCUGAAGAUAGUUUGCUUCUAGCUGCUUCUGCAGCUCAACAGGCUUCUUCGGUUAUCGAAAGGUCACCCGACCGUAAUGGAAAUCCAUCGAGCAUAGCGUCAUCCGCUGAUCCUGAUUGGGCGAUAACUGUCGAGCAGUUUUUAGCAUCUGUUUUGACUGGUCAAGCAAUCGUAGACUUCUUCAGUAAACGAACCGACCUCAUGGAAGCUAUGACAACGUUGAAAAAUCGUAGAUUUAAUCGGGUUCAUUCUUUAUCAGAUACACCUGCCCUGAAUGGAUGACACAUGGUAAUUAACGUGUGAGAGAAUAGUACAUCUAUUUUUAUCCAUGAUUGGCUUAGAUAAAUUGACGAAGGAGAAAACAGAAUUGCUUAAAAGGAAUCUAUAUAUUAUUAUCAGAGAAUGCAAAUUUUAAUUUGGAGAGAAGCGCAUUUGCAUGAAUGACAAUACGUGCAAUAUAAUAGUUAUAAACACACACACACACACAAAAUACAAGUUCAUUUAUAAAAUACCAAGAAGUAUAAUCGCGUCAAGAUUUGUAUAAUUGUUAUUUUCUAAAUUUUUGUUAUACUCUUUUGCGAAUGAAAUAAUACAUUCUGCGUUGUUUGAUUUGAUAAAAUCUCUUUUACAGAUAAAUAGAUUCAAUUUCAAAUCAUUGUAUUCCAAAUCAUUAUAUUAAUUAUAAAUAUGAUUAUUUUUAAAAUAUAUCUGUUAACAAUAGUAUAAUUUUAUCAUUAGUUUUUUUUAAUUUCUUUAAUAAGGCAAAUGUAGGCCUACCUUAUCAAUCAUCGCAAAUGUAUAAUAGCGCAUCAAUAGUAAAUAAGGUAAAAAUCUGAAAAAAUUAUUCUAUUACUUUAAAAAUUAUCCAUGUAUAAGUAACAUGAAUUUUCGAACAUCUAAUACUGACACGACGCAUUUUUAAGGAGAAAUAUCUAAGAAAAUGACAUUAUCCAGAUUUAUUUGGAAUUGUUGAACUAUUUUUGUUUUCUGCAGAUAUAUCAAACGGUUGCGAGAAAUGCAACAUGUAUGGUAAGAAAUAUUGGCUGUACGUCAGCUAUUUACGUAUAGGUUUAUUUUAUUCUCUAAUUUUGCUUUACAUUAAACAUUAUUAUAUAUAAAUGUCACAUAUUCCUCAGGUAUCAUUUUCUUAGCUAUUAUAAAAGGCAAGUUAAAAUAUUAAAUACAUAAUUGGAAAUUAAAGAAAUUACUUGUACCUAGAAAUCUUCAACGAAACAUAGUAAGGACAAAAUUCUUGAUUGACGUCAUAUUAUUAAUCUUUUUUUAUAUGGCAAAUUCUAAACCAAGAUAUACGAAUACAUGUAAAAUACUCGAACAAAAGUAUACCAUGUUAUCUUGAACAGAAGUAAUAGGGCAAAACAUUUUUGUGAUUUGUUUAGCCGUGAUACCAGAUUCAGAAUUUAUAUACCCCAAUUUCUUUAAGCAAACAGAAGCAUAUGUAUAAGAAAUCACCCUAUUUAUAAAUAAUAUACGUAAAUGAUGCAAAAGCUAAUCUGUGUAUUCUAACGAGAUGUAACGCAAUUUUGAUAUGCAGUAUUAUUUGAUUACUGAUCAUUGCCUUCCAAUUAUACAAGUUUCUUAUUAACCGAUUCAUUCAUAAAGAGUUCCAGUAAGCAUUGGGAUUUGAUUUUCCAGUAAAUAAGUUAUAGGGAUAACUCAUUGUGAAAAAAAGGAACAGAUUAAAAAAUUAAAAAAUCUUUUUAGAAUUUUGAAUUCUUCCUAAAUCAAAACUGUAUCUUGGUUCAUUCAAUUUCAAAAAUUCAUAAUCAUGGUACGAAAUAAAAAC